AUCUUUAGAUGUAUGGACUAAGUUGUUGACCAUUGCAUUUGCAAUCUUCCUUCUUUUUUCUCUUAUUUCCCCGCUCAUCUCUCUCUCCCCCGACUUGCGCACAGUGGAUCACGGAAAAACCUUUCCCCCUUAACCACCCCGUGACGGUGUUUAAACCGGUUCCGGUUCAAUCAAGCCAGAUUCAGUUCUGCCAUGGUGGAAGGAGGAGGAAGAAGAAGAAGAUCCUUUAUCUCCUUUGAACUCGCUCUCCUCUCACUCUUCCUCUGCCUCUCCAUCGCCUCUCCCCGCGCUCUCCCUGAUUCGGAUCUGAAUCUGUUAGAAGAAACCGUCGGCAACUCCUCCUCCGACGCAGCAUAUCUCAACGCUUCUUCUCUUGGUAAACCCAAGGAAGGUAGCUUCGCCGACAUCAUCGAUCGCGCUCUCGAAAAGGAGUUCAACGAAAGCGAUCAGACUGAAGUGGCUGAUCCUGGAAGCUUCAACAACAGUGUAGCUGGACAGCAGGCUGUUCUGGAAACUGUAGCCAGAGUAAAAACAACCAAGAAAAAUGAGACGAAAGAAGACAAGCAUUUUCAACUCCAUGAUGUUUUCAACCUGGACAAUGAUAACAGAGCUGAGGACACACCUACUCUGAUUGAUCGAAAAGACAAUGUCUUCAUCAUAUCCAAUUUCAAAUCGAAAUAUCCAGUACUGCAGCUAGACUUGAGACUGAUAUCAGACCUGGUGGUUGUCAUUGUAUCUGCAACUUGUGGUGGUAUCGCCUUUGCUUGUGCUGGACAGCCGGUGAUAACUGGAUAUUUGCUAGCAGGAUCUAUCAUCGGGCCUGGAGGAUUGAACUUAAUCAGUGAGAUGGUCCAGGUUGAAACAGUCGCCCAGUUUGGUGUGGUAUUCUUGCUCUUUGCAUUGGGUCUAGAGUUCUCCACUGCUAAGCUUCGAGUUGUUCGAUCAGUUGCUGUUCUGGGAGGCCUUCUUCAAAUUCUUCUUUUUAUGUUCUUGUGCGGAAUCACAGUGUCGUUAUGUGGUGGUAAACGGUCGGAGGGGGUAUUUGUAGGAGCAUUUUUGUCAAUGUCAUCAACUGCAGUGGUGCUGAAGUUUCUCAUGGAGAAAAAUUCAACUAAUUCUCUUCAUGGCCAAGUUACAAUUGGAACCCUUAUUCUUCAGGACUGUGCUGUGGGUUUGUUGUUUGCUUUGCUUCCAGUUCUUGGUGGAAAUUCUGGCAUUGUUGAGGGAAUGUUGUCAAUGGCAAAAGUGGCGGUUGUGUUACUUUCGUUUUUGGCUGUUCUGUCAAUAUUAUCACGGACAUGUAUUCCUUGGUUGCUGAAGUUAAUGGUCAGCUUAUCAUCACAGACAAAUGAACUCUAUCAGUUAGCAGCGGUUGCGUUUUGUCUACUCGUAGCCUGGUGUAGUGAUAAGCUGGGAUUAAGUCUUGAACUAGGUUCUUUUGCCGCAGGGGUCAUGAUAUCAACUACGGAUCUCGCUGAACAUACAUUGGAGCAAAUCGAACCCAUCCGUAAUUUGUUUGCUGCACUUUUCCUAGCCAGCAUUGGGAUGUUAAUUAAUGUCCAUUUUCUGUGGACCCAUGUGGAUAUACUGUUAGCCUCUGUGAUAUUAGUAAUCAUCAUAAAGACAACGAUAGUGACAAUAGUUGUCAAGGGAUUUGGAUACAACAACAAGACAGCUCUGCUGGUUGGAUUAUCUCUGGCUCAGAUAGGGGAGUUUGCCUUUGUACUACUUAGCCGUGCCUCCAAUCUUCACCUUAUCGAGGGGAAACUCUACUUGCUUCUCCUGGGGACAACCGCUCUUAGCCUGGUUACAACACCACUGGUUUUCAAAGUGAUCCCAGCGGUUGUGCAUCUUGGAGUACUGUUAAGAUGGUUUUCUCCAGACUCUUCUGUAGAGAAAGGAGAAAUAGUAAGAUCAGAAAGCGGUAAACAGCGUAUGAUACUGAUGUCACGCCAAUCCCACAACUCCUGAGAAGAAAGAUUUGUGGAGAAGAGUGGUGUCAUGCUUGCUUCUCCACCAAUUUUGACAAAAAAAAAAAAGAGAGUCUAUUGUUUGCUUCCUGCCCUGCCCUCACUUGUAAUUAGUAUUGUUUGAUUUUUUAUUUUGCCCCUUGAUUGUAAUCUGAUUAAAAAAAAAAUUCAAUCAGUAUUUCUUAUCACGAUACCAGAAACUGGCCAUUUUUUUUGUUGUAAUCAUAUAACUCUCUAAUUCUCUAA